ACUUACCCCUGUUGUAAGAUUCUGUUAGUAUAGCCCAUUUCUAAAGCACAGUUCUAGUCUUCCUCUAGAGUUGGUUUCCUGAUGUGGUCUACAUGGUAGGGCUUACAUCAGACAUGCAUGCGUGAUUGUGCUUUACCUUCCCUCUCCCUUAUCACACAGUGAAUCAGGGAGGAGCCUGUCUGAGUCUCUUCCAAAUACUACUUUGCUUCCCAGGACUUAAGGAAUGUUUUAGCAACCUGUUUAUGUAAUGGUUCUUGCCAGUUUCCCUCAAGAUCAUCUCCCUGACACUCUACAUGGGAUGACCAAGUUUCAUCCCUGAUCUCGGAGUACCAUUGAACUCAGUCAUUCACUGGAAACAAAAGCACCUCAGUUCCAACUUUCAUUGCUGGUUUCUUAUUUCACUGAACUUGAGCCAGACCACAACCAUUUGGGAGGAAAAGUCACAGACACACAAAGCACUACUUUUUUUUGGUUCCAAUAUAAUGAUACUCGAUACAAGCAAAUAUGGGAGAAGAAAUCCAACUCUUCAAUAUGCCAGAAUGUGAACUUACAAGAUUGAGAUGCUCAGGGAGAGGAAGGAGGGGCAAGAUUGGAUACUAUCUCAUUUGCAAGUGAACACAUUGUUGUAAAUCCAGAUGAAGAGGUUGGGCAGGUCAGCUGAUCACAAGUCUAUAAAUCACCCUCUCUCUAAAACAUCUGUUUCCUUGGAAAGAACUUUCACCAACACAACAGAUCAACUCUGAGGUUGCCUUGAAGAAGGAAGGAAGGAAAUAUGCAUUCAACAGUGAGCUUAUCUUUCAUGUUAAUUGCUGUUUCAUCCAAUUUUGCAAUGGCAAUCAAAAAGGAAAAGAGAGCACCCCAGACUCUCUCGAGAGGAUGGGGAGAUGAUAUAACUUGGGUACAAACAUACGAAGAAGGCCUCUAUCAGGCAAAACAAAGUAAUAAGCCCCUGAUGGUUAUUCACCAUUUGGAGGAUUGUCAGUACUGUCAAGCAUUAAAGAAGGUCUUUGCAGAAAGUCAAGAAAUACAGGAGAUGUGUCAGAAUGAUUUCAUCAUGCUCAACCUCAUGUAUGAAACAACUGACAAGAACUUAUCACCAGAUGGACAAUAUGUGCCUCGAAUCAUGUUUGUAGAUCCUUCUCUCACAGUAAGAGCUGAUAUCAUUGGAAGAUACUCUAAUCGACUGUAUACUUAUGAGCCUCAAGACCUACCUGUGUUAAUUGAGAAUAUGAAGAAAGCAUUACGUCUCGUUCAGACUGAAUUGUAAAUUAUUGCUGUAUCAAUGAUCAAGAGACAAGAGAAAAAAGCAAUGUGGACCAAGAAAAGUCAUCUGCCAAAGUUGUUCAGCCCACCCGGUUCUGUUCUCCCUCUUUGGAAUUUCAUCUUCUAUUAUCAUUGCAAGCUCAUUUCACAUCUGCUGAAGAAAAUAAUAGUGGCUACAAUCAUACCAGAAUUUAGUGACAAGGAAGGCUUGAUAUUCAUCAGGAUACUUCUCUCCUUGGGAUUUCAUAUUGCAGUGAAGAAGAAACAUCCCAGGACAUUUUUCCAUACUGCUGGAGAAUCUAAGUUUUACAUUAAGGAUACAAGUACACAGAUCUAGAAAGGAAAUGUGUUGUCAUGCAGUACAUCAAAGCCUUUUUAAAUAUAUGAAUCAGUUUAUACUGCAUUAAUUGAGGCCACUACAAGCCUGGGCAAGCUGUUCCUUUGCUGUAGAUACUGCUGCUAGAGAUAGAGACACUUCUGUUCCAUGUACAACUGCCUAAUUCACAAUCCAUGGGUGCUUCCAAUUUAUAGAAGUCCAAAUGGAACAGUAGCCCCUUGUGAGUCAAUAUGAUAUAGCGGUUAGGGUGUUGGACUGGGACAGGAGAAACCUGGGAUCAAAUCCCCAUUUAACCAUAGAGUUUACGGAUGACUAGGGCUAGACAUUUUUGCUCAGCCCUAUUUAUCUCACAAGGACAUUGUGAGGGUAAUGGGAGGGGUGACCACAUUUGUGCUGCCUUCAGCUCCUUAGAAAAAUAAAUAUGACUGUGUUUAUUAUGUUUAUUAAUUUACAAUAGCAGUAGUUAACUGCCAGCUUUGCAAUGCUGUAGAGAAACGAGCAUAGAGGAUAGAAAGAAAAAUGGUCAUUUGCUAGAAUGUAAGAACAAAUUACAAAUUACAAAUUCUUCCAGUGCAGUCAUGGCAAUUGUCCUUCAGAAAUUAAUCUCAUCAAGUUCAGUGGGAAGGACUCACUAAUAACUGACUUACAUUUGAAGUUCUGGUUAUGUUGCAAAUGACUGAACGAGCUGCAUAAAAUAUUCCCAGAAUUUUGUAUUGCCUGACAGUUUCAAAAAAGAAAUUA